AUGGCUAACAAUUUUCCUCUUACGCCUUUCCCUUCUACCCCUUCUCGCAGUACGUGUCCCAUCAACGUAAAGCUAGCCAUAGGAGAUGCGCUAACAAGUUCAGAAACCCCACACCCCUCAUACACGCCAACCACUAACUCGCCUUUUAUUGAAACACGUGCCACCACGUAUGAAGAACUUGUCCGAUCGCUUGAUGUGCAAGUGGACAGCUUGCAGUAUCUCCCUUCUGAAGCUAAAGAUGACAAACUCUUCGAUAAAAUUCAUGAAAGGCCUUCGCUAAAGUCAUCGAGUCGUUGUUCCAGCACACCCAAGCUUGCAUUUGGCACAUAUCGGGAAGAUAGCGUUUACAUAACCCAGGUCUAUGUCUAUCUUCGCUCUCCCUCGUUCAAAAAUACUGAGCCGUCCAUGGUGUUUGGUAAGCGUAUGGCAAACACUAAGUAUACUGUCAUGAACACAAAGGACAUCAAUUGUGCAGAUGGUAUGCUUCAAGCCAACAAGUUUUGGAGGCCCUUUAUCAAAGAUGGCAAGUUCGAGCUUGACGCAGUCAAGGCUGUUCUGAAAGCUCUCUUCAUUCGCAAAGGUAUUACUCUAUCGGCUCCAAUACCGGUGGUUGGUUCAGUUUUUCGUUCAAACUUAGUCCUAGGAUGCGAGAUGUUCAGGAUCUCCAAGCAGAGCCGUAGGAUUUUGGAGAAGACACCUAAGCAAGUUGAUAAGAGCGCGAAUGCAAUAGAUGUAUCUAGGGCGCAGUCCUCAUCGCCAGCCAUGUCAAGCACCUCCUCAACAAUCUUUCCGGUUGUACCUACAGCUCAGAUGUACAGCCAGAACGAACUCAGCUGCCACGUAGAUGCCAGUAGACCUCUAGUCGUUGGUUCGAGCAAGAAGCGUCAUAGUUCGCGGCUCACUAUCACUGAACAGGAUACAGUCAAAGUCGAAGCCAACAAAAGCGUAACUACCAGUAAGCUUGCCGCGGUUGAUGACCCGAAUUCAGACGCUCUCCUCUUUCCAGGAAAUCAACUAGAAGAAGUCGGCGAAGAACCUCCCUUCAUUCCUGAAGAUGAUCCAGAAGAACUUUCAGAAGAACCCGAGGAAUCAUCUGUCUCUAAAACCGAUACUCCGGAGCCUAGCAAAGGUAUGAAAACCAUCCUCGAGUCGCUGUCAGCCUCAUACAAUGAUCGGGAAGACCUUCAGAAAAAGAUCGAUGAAAUGACAGCCCAGGUAACCCGUCACAUCACUACUCUUGAAGAGCUUCAUCGAGAAAAGGAGCAGUUUGAUGCUGAAUAUGAGCGUAAGAGACGAGCAUUCGAAGAAAGGAUCAGCGUUGAGGAUCAAGAUAAGGUUAGCAAGAUAGCUGAGAUUGAGACAAAGUCUCAGACUAUGCGAGAGAAGCUUGAGGCUGAGAAACACCAACUGGGCGUAAUGACUCCAGAGAUGAUGGCCGUCUGGGAGUUAUCUCGUAAAUUCGUGUGCAAGGAAUAUGGCAUCAAGGAAGGUUUGCCGUCGAAGCGUCAAAAGACCAGCCACUAG